AGAUUGAUGGUUUGGUUAGGUUUUGGAUGGAUCUUUGAGGAGUGGUUGUUUUUUUGGAAGGAAUUUUAGUGUGGGAACAUGUUGGAGAUGGUAUCUUGUGUUGUUUUAUGAGUGUUUUUUAGAUUUGAUUGCGGGGAUCUGUGACCGAGGUGGAUGUUCUUAUGGAUGGGCUAAUGUAGCAAUGUUGUUUGAUAUUUUUUUCCUUGUGUUUGUUUUUUUGUUGGUUUGGAUCAUGAAUCGUUCAUCAAUCCAGUGGUUAUAUUGUGUGCAUUUGUCUUCCAGUUGAAAAUCUAGUGGGAUGUGCGGAUCGGCAGGGGAAGAGUAUUCUUUGCAAGAAAUUUCUGGAUUGGAUGUGUCUCACUACCUGUUGGAUGAUGUGAACCAAAAUGAGGACAGUUUCUUGUGCAUGCUUGGGGAGAACACUCCUAUUAAGGACUGCACAGGCUUUAGCUGUGACAUGAUGAACAUAGGAAAUGACACUGACAAGGCUACUGAGGAAUCUAGGGAGACUUCGCCUUCACAACUUAAAAGGCGGCGCAUGCUGCAGUUUCCUUCUGAUUCUAGUGAGCUUGUCUCUGUUAAUGCGCAAGAGUCUUCUUAUUAUAACUCCAAGGUGAGAGAGGAUCCUCUUGCAGAAGAUGUGUUGCUGGACAAUAUGGAUUGGAACUCUCAGUGCAAUUCUGAAUAUUCUGGUGAUAGGUGUUCCAAUGGUGAUGGAGGAUUUAAUCUAUCCAUGGAUGGAUGGCUCGAAGAUUGUUUGAAUGAAAGUGGGAUGCCUCACAACUCUGAUGUGAUGGAUCAUUCUGUGGCACAUGAAGAUCAAGCCACUGUUUCAGAGUUCUACAAUACUCUUGAAAUGGGGAAUAAUGUGGAAAAGGCCCCUACUCCUACUCCAACUACUUGCAGGAUUUUUAGAGGUCAGAAAUCAUUUAUCAGUUCUCCUAUGAAGUUAACAACUUCCAUUGCCUAUCCCUUUGCCCUCAUUAAACCAUGUGGAGUUCAAGGAGAUAUCACUUUGAAGGAUAUAAAUCAGCGGAUUCAUGCUCCACCACCUUCAAAGUCAAAGAAUACAAAUGAUGAAGACACUUCCAUGUCCUAUCCCACUUCAACAUUUUCUGGAAAGCCCGUGGUUGUCAAAACAAAAAUCCGCACAGAUGGGGGCAAGGGCAGCAUUACAAUAAUGAGAACCAAAGGCUGAGUUGACAAGUUCUUUUCAGAGCAUCUUAUUUUGAGCUGGUUUUGUGUGAUAAGCUAUGGACAUCGUGAAUAUUGAUUUGUUUGACAUGAUCCUGUUUUGUGUUGGGUCCUCUGCUUGGACUUAACUAGGUGUUCAUUUUCUUAUUCUUUAUUUUCUUUUUUUUCUAACUUUUUGAGCUUGAUGUAUCCAAGUGACUUUCUGUCGAUGUCAUGUAGAUGUUUCAUUAAGUUUUAAUGAUUUUGGAAAUCUCACUCAUUACAUGAUCAGAUUCUUUGCUA